AUGUGUGUUCAUCCACAGCAGCAUGGUACAUGCAGUCUGUAUGGGCAAAAUCUGUGUAACGGUUCCGCUCGUGGGGGGAGGUGGGAUGGGGGGGGGGGGGGGGGGGGGGGCUGGGGGGGGGGGGGGGUGGGGUGGGGGGGGGGUGGGGUGUGGGGGGGGAGAUGGCGGAGAGUGUAUGGUUGUGUUAAUGAAGUAAUGGAAGAUGAAACGGUAACACGUUGGGGGGGGGGGGAGGUGGUUGGGGGGGGGGGGGGGGGUGGGGUGCGCUGUGGGGGAUGUAAAGGGGGGUUUAGGGUGUGUGUUGGAUUUGUGUGGGUUUCCGAUGAGGAAUAA